UUACAGGCUUCUCUAGAGGAAAUUCGCGAGGUUGCUGCGCGUUUGUGUCGCGACUACUUGACUGGCCGCUGGAAAACGAUCAGCCCGGCUGAUAUUAUUGUCAAAAAGAUUAACGGCGGCUUGUCGAACUUUCUAUAUUACGUCAGUUUACCGGCGACUGACAAUAACUCACAGUUUAUCACACAAAAUUCCACAGCACCACAGGGCAGUGAGGACUAUCUCCGAUUGAACGGUGAAAGUAGCGACUACACAACCGGUGAAAACAAUAAUGAGGAACAGUUACCUUUAGUUGUUCGACGAAAGUCGAAUAGUGAGCCGAAUGAGGUUUUACUUCGCAUUUAUGGUGAAGUACAUGGCGAGGAGGAUGAUGCCUUGGGUGGCAUCAUCACCGAAUCCGUUGUCUUCGCAUUGCUGAGCGAAAGGAAUUUCGGUCCAAAACUAUAUGGCAUAUUCCCUGGCGGCCGACUCGAGCAAUACUUAAACGCUCGCGCUUUACUUACACGUGAAUUAGCGGUGCCGAAAAUUUCAGAGAAAAUUGCCGAGAAAAUGGCCGAAAUACACACAUUAGAUAUACCAAUGUCCAAAGAGCCAGAAUGGCUCUGGAAUUGCAUGGACCGUUGGCUGAAAACAUUAAAGGGCAUUUUGUCACGAACCGACUGGGGCGAUCAAACUCCACUGGUGGAUGUGGUGCGCAGCUUCGAUUUCCGCAAAGAAAAGGCUUGGCUGCAAUCUGUCAUCAACGAGGGCAACUACAAAGUGUUAUUCUGCCACAAUGAUAUGCAAGAGGGCAAUAUACUUUACUCCAAUUCCAACAACAGCGAUAAGACAAACGGAGCGAGUGACUCUCUGAUAAGCGCUGAAGACGAGCUACAAACCCAGUAUACACAAAUCCGUAAUGACGAUGAACCAGAUUUACAAAUUAUUGACUUCGAAUAUUGCGCGUACAAUUAUCGCGGUUUCGAUCUUGCCAAUCAUUUUAUAGAAUGGACCUUCGAUUAUAGUAACCCUGCGGCGCCAUUUUAUUACCACCGCAAACAACAUUAUCCCAGCACGGAACAACGUCAGCGUUUCUAUAGCUCAUAUUUGCGCAAGUUGCAUGAUGAUUUGCCGGGUUAUACGCCAACAGCGCGGGAACUCAGCGACAUGGAUGCUGAGGUGCGUGUCUUUUCCAUGUUCUCGCAUCUCUUUUGGAGCGUGUGGAGUGCGGUGAUGACGCUGGCCACCAUCGAGUUCGGUUACUGGGAAUACGGCGUCACACGUAUACGUGAAUAUCAGCAACUGAAAGAAACCUAUGAGCGUGAGAACGCAGUGGAAUCGUGAUAAUCGUCCAG